AUGGCGAGCACCGACCAAAGUACCAGGUCUGGUAUCUAUCCGUACAAGCCAAGCGAAGCCGCAACAAUCAUCAUGGCUGUCCUUUUCGGUAUCAGUGCUCUUUGGCAUUUAAUUGUGAUGAUCAAAAAGAAGACUUGGUUUUAUACUUCCUUGACAGUUGGUGCCAUAAUGAUGACCGCCGGCUAUAUCGCUCGAUACUUGUCCGCAAAGUCACCAUUCGACCUCGGUCCUUAUAUCAUACAAUCUCUUUUCAUCAUCCUUCCACCUUCCCUUUACGCCGCCACUCUAUAUAUGAUAUACGGUCGUAUAGUACUUUUCGUCAACGCGCCAGAAGCUAGCAUGAUUCGUCCAAACCGAGUGACCAAAAUAUUUGUUUGUGGCGACGUCCUAGCAUUCUUUCUCCAAGCAGGUGGUGGUGGCAUGAUGGCUGAGCCAACCAUGUCAAAUGCUGGGCAAAAGAUUAUGCUGAUUGGCUUAUUCAUUCAGCUUCUGUUUUUCGGAUUCUUCCUUGUGAUUUCGUUGGUCUUUUGGAAGCGUAUGCGGUCGUCUCCAAAGUCUUACACGAUCCCACGGUACGGAAAACAUACUUGGAGCGCCUUGCUGAAGAUGCUAUUGAUGGCUGCUGUCAUUGUCAUUCUGAGGUGUGUCUUCCGCAUCAUUGAAUUUGCGGAAGGAAUCGACGGAUACAUCUCCACUCAUGAGGUGUACAUGUACAUUUUUGAUGCUGCGCCGAUGUUUUUUGUUCAGAUUUUGUUUCACCUCGUUCAUGCUGGAAAUGUAUUCCCUUCUGAGGCUGUUGCUUCUGCGUUUGCAGAUGAUGGAAACUAUAUCAACCUCCCUGAAAGAUUUUGA